CUGUUGCUACCACGAGUAGAGAUUUAGAUACAGACGCAAAGAGGAAGCUGAAUUUUGUGGCGAAGAGGAAAAAUAACAAAAAGAAAUCAUGUCUCGUUUAGUGCCCGUGAAUUACUUUGAUUGGGGAUUCUUUGACAGACAAAAAUCAUUGUUUCCUAAAUUUCAAAGCACCUUUAAUGAAAGUUUCGAAGACUUUGAUCGUGAGUUAGAAAAAAUAAGAAAAGAGAUGUUUCAGCUCACUCCCAUGGACUUCGGUGCCGAUUUUGGAAGUGACCCUUUCGGCAAAGACCCAUUUGGUAAAGAUCCCUUUGACAAGGACUUUUUCGGAAAGGAUCCUUUUGCAGGAUUCGGCUCGAGCAUGUUAAAAGUUGAAAAACCUUUUAUUGAAGACUUUUCUGGAAAUAAGAAAUUGAAUUUGAAAUUCGAUUGCACUCAGUUUAAACCGGAAGAGAUCACAGUGAAGACCGUGGACCGGAACUUGACUGUUCACGCCAAACACGUGGAGGAAUCUCCCGGGAAAAAGGUACACCGCGAGUUUACCAAGUCCUACCUUCUUCCCGAUAACAUUGACCCCAUGAAGGUCACUUCCUCUUUAUCUGGAGACGGUGUCCUAUGCAUUGAAGCCCCGGCCCCUCAAAGCGUAGAGACCCGCAAAGAAAGAAUCAUUCCCAUCGAGAAACUGGCAAUUAAAUAACUUUUGUAAAAUCGUGUGAGUACUCUGUAUGCGUGUGUUUGUCUUUUUAUUUUUAAUACAUGCGAGAGUGAAGGAUUCAUUAGUUAUGUCUUGUCUGGGAUUCCUAAUGACACAUGUUUUGGACUCGCAAAAAUGUAUUGUUUAUAAUUGUUAAGAAUGCAAAUAAAUGAUGUUUUAAAUUUU